GGAGCUGUCUGUGCCGCGGAGCCUGGAACUGCGCUCUCCCCGCCUGGCUGCCGUCGCGUGACCCCAUCCGCCCUGGAGGCGCCUCUCCUGCAGCUAUGGAUAAAAUGUCUACAGAUGCACUUCCUCUUGCCAUGAGUUCUCCAGAAAAGCGAGAAACUGUCUGCAUCUUUGGAACUGGGGAUUUUGGAAGGUCACUGGGAUUUAAAAUGAUCCAGUGUGACUACCAUGUUGUGUUUGGAAGUCGAAACCCUCAGGCAUCCAGCCUGCUCGCCAGUGGUGCAGAGGUCCUGAGCUACGCCGAAGCAGCCCGGAGGUCUGAUAUCAUAAUCCUCACCAUCCACAGAGAGCAUUACAGCUUUCUCACAGAACUAACUGAGGUUCUCAAUGGGAAAAUACUGGUGGAUGUCAGUAACAACCUCAGAGUCAACGAGCACCCAGAGUCCAACGCAGAGUACCUUGCUCAGCUGAUGCCGAAGGCCCACGUGGUGAAAGCAUUUAACACAAUCUCAGCAUGGGCUCUGCAAUCGGGAGCUCUAGAUGCAAGCCGGCAGGUGUGUGUCUGUGGAAAUGACAGCAAGGCCAAGCAAAGAGUUAUGGAUGUUGUCCGUAAUCUUGGACUGACCCCACUCGACCAAGGGUCUCUCCUAGCAGCCAAGGAAAUUGAAAACUACCCCUUGCAACUAUUUCCAAUGUGGAGAAUGCCCUUCUACUUGUCUGCUGUGCUGUGCGUCUUCUUAUUCUUCUACUGUGUUGUAAGAGACGUGAUCUAUCCGUAUGUUUACGAAAAGGAAGACAACACAUUCCGCUUGGCCGCUUCCAUUCCGAACCGAGUCUUUCCCAUCACAGCACUGACGCUGCUGGCUUUGGUUUUCCUGCCUGGUGUCAUCGCUGCCAUUCUCCAGCUGUACCAUGGUACAAAAUACCGCCGAUUCCCUGGCUGGCUGGACCACUGGAUGCUUUGCCGAAAGCAGCUUGGCUUGGUUGCACUGGGCUUUGCCUGCCUUCAUGUCCUCUACACACUGGUGAUUCCCAUCCGCUAUUACGGUCGAUGGAGGUCGAGAAAUGCAACCAUUACUCAGCUCAUGACCAAGAAAGAAAACCCAUUUAGUGCUUCCUCCGCCUGGCUUAGUGACUCAUACCUGUCUCUGGGAAUCCUCGGAUUUUUUCUGUUUGUACUCCUGGGAAUCACUUCCUUGCCAUCAGUUAGCAACACAGUCACCUGGAGAGAGUUUCGAUUUGUGCAGUCCAAACUGGGCUUCGUGACCCUGAUCCUGUGCACGGCGCACACGCUGGUGUACGGCGGCAAGCGGUUCCUCAGCCCAUCAGCUCUCAGAUGGUACCUGCCGUCAGCCUACAUCCUGGCACUCAUCAUCCCGUGCACCGUCCUGGCGAUCAAGUUCAUCCUCCUCCUGCCGUGCAUAGACAGGACCCUGACGCGGAUCCGCCAGGGCUGGGAAAGGGACACAGCAGCCGUUAAACCAGCAGUGAACGGAAAAUCAGACAUCUGAAGCAAAGCUGAAUCUACUCAUGCUUCCGGGGUGUUUGCAGAGGAACAACAGGUGCAAUAGGAAGCCCUUUGCUCUCCCAGCACAGCUGGAGGUCGGUGACAACACGGCCUGACAGUGAGCACUGACCGGCUGGGGGGAACACCCCUGCAGGCUCCGACUGCCGCUUCUCCCGGGCCACGGGGCUGGCACUGGGACUGUGGUGUCAUGCUAAGAGGCAUCUGUCUGUGGGCAACACAAAUGCCCUAAUGUCUGCUGGGAAUUCUGGAGAAUUUCUACACAGCUUCCUUCUCUCCUACAAGGGCUGAGUUAAGCAGGGUGGUAGAAGCAUUGCUUGAGAAAAGUGUGAAGAAAAGGGGCCGGAUGAGCUAAAGGAAUGAGACCGUUGGACUGUAAAGAGCUGUCUCGCUAAAUUCCUUAGUUAUAUUUUUCCUUAACUUUGUUUUCACCUGUAUCUAUGUCCAUUAUGAAGAACUAUUUUAUAACACACACACCAAAAAGAAAAAUCACCACUGAUUGGAAGUUAUCAUGCCUUACAUAUGUAGACAGAAAUUUACGGUUUUCUUAAAAUUUUUCCUCUGUAAGAAACAGAUUGCAACGACUGAGAAAAAAAUGUAGAGCUAGAACUUUGGAUUUUUCUCAAUGUGCAAUAAACAAGGAAGAGUUCGUAAAAGCCCUCACACAGAACAGUUCAAGGAAAGAAACCUAAAUAUUAGCUAACAGGCUAAGAAAAUGUUUUUGAAAUUAUACUACAUUUGUUUGGUAUUA